AAAAAAAUGGGGGUGGGGCUCACUGCAUGCAAUCUGCUAGUGAGAGCAAUGGCUACCAACAAAGGAAGAUUGCUGCUAGCUACUGGGAUCGCCUUAAUUUUUGCUACUAGUUUGGCUAAUGGCCAAACAUGUACUCAAGGGGAUAUUAGACUGGUGGGAGGAGCCUCAGAAAUGCAGGGUCGUGUGGAGGUGUGCAACAACGGAGCUUGGGGUACGGUCUGUGAUGACGCCUUUGGAGAUUCUGAUGCACAAGUGGCUUGUAGGCAGCUGGGAUAUUUAAGUGGAGGUGCCACUGCUCAGUGUUGUGCUGCCUAUGGACAAGGGACUGGGAGCAUCUUGCUAGACCAAGUAGGAUGCACGGGAACAGAGGCCUCCCUGUUUAACUGCCCAGCAAAUCCAAUUGGCAGUCACGACUGUAGUCACGGAGAAGAUGUUGGAAUAACUUGCGCUUCUGUAGCUGUGUGUACUCAAGGAGACGUCAGAUUGGUGGGCGGAGCCUCAGAAAUGGAGGGUCGUGUGGAAGUGUGCAACAAUGGAGCUUGGGGUACAGUCUGUGACGAUGGCUGGUCUACAGUGGAUGCAAGUGUGGUGUGUGCGCAGCUGGGAUUCAGUCCAGCCUCCAGUGCUCCUUGCUGUGCAGCCUAUGGACAAGGAACUGGACCCAUUACCCUUGAUAAUGUUGCCUGCACUGGUACCGAGACAAGUCUUCUUGACUGUUCUCAUAAUGGACUCAACAUUCACAACUGCGCUCACUCAGAGGAUGCUGGUGUUGUUUGUGGAGCUGUUGUUACUCUGGCUCCGUGCACUCAGGGAGAGAUUCGUCUCAUUGGAGGAUCUAGUGAUUUUCAGGGACGUGUGGAGGUGUGCAACAAUGGAGCAUGGGGUACUGUCUGUGAUGAUAGCUUUGGAACAAAUGAUGCUCAAGUAGCUUGCAGGCAACUGGGAUUCAAUACAGAAGGUGCCACUGCUGAGUGCUGUGCUACCUAUGGACAAGGAACUGGGAACAUUUUGCUUGAUGAUGUAGCUUGUGCUGGAACUGAGGCCUCCCUAUUUGAUUGUGGAAAUGCUGGUAUCGGCACCCACAAUUGUGCUCAUGGUGAAGAUGUUGGAAUUACCUGCAGCUCGUUAACGUGUGUUGAGCAAGAUGUGAGACUGGUGGGGGGAAGUACCCAGCUGGAGGGUCGUGUGGAGGUGUGCAACGGAGGAGCAUGGGGCACAGUCUGCGAUGAUUUCUGGGGCACCACUGAUGGAAAUGUAGUGUGUGCACAGCUUGGAUUUGGAACUGCGUCCGAUGCUCCAUGCUGUGCAAACUUUGGACAAGGAACAGGAGCCAUCGUUCUUGACGACGUUGGCUGUACUGGCACUGAGACAAACUUGUUUGACUGUCCUAACAUUGGAAUCAACGUGCACAACUGUGCUCACUCUGAGGAUGCCGGAGUGGUUUGUACAGGAACUUCAACGACAUGCUCUGAUGGAGAAAUUCGACUUGUUGGAGGAUCAAACUCACUCCAGGGACGUGUGGAGGUAUGCAACAAUGGAGCUUGGGGAACUGUCUGUGAUGACAGUUUUGGAAACUCAGAUGCUCAAGUUGCUUGCAGACAGCUGGGGUAUAGUAGUACAGGUGCCACUGCACAAUGCUGUGCUGCCUAUGGACAAGGAACUGGUAGCAUUGUGCUGGACGACCUAGCUUGUACUGGAACUGAGACCUCCUUGUUUAGCUGUUCCCAUGGUGGUCUUAAUAGCCACAACUGUGCCCAUAGCGAAGAUGUUGGAGUUAUUUGUGCUUCCGCAACCUGUGAUCACGGCCUCGCGCGACUGGUGAAUGGUGCUAAUGCAAUGGAGGGCCGAGUGGAGGUAUGCAACAAUGGAACAUGGGGCACUGUCUGUGAUGACUUAUGGGACCUUAACGAUGCUAGUGUUGCGUGUGCUCAACUCGGAUAUGGGCCAGCCACCAGUGCUCCAUCGUUUGCUGCAUUUGGUCAAGGAACUGGAAGUAUCGUCCUCGAUAACCUUGGAUGUGUCGGUACUGAGGCCUCUCUGUUUGACUGUCCUAGCAAUGGAAUUGGUAACCAUAACUGUGCUCACUCUGAAGAUGCUUCUGCCAUUUGUGGAGAUGUCCCACCUGAGUGCACAGAUGGAGAUAUUCAAUUGGUGGGGGGAGCAGACAUGUCAAUGGGUCGUGUGGAAGUGUGCAGUGGUGGGAUGUGGGGGACUGUCUGUGAUGACAGCUUUGCAGAUAUCGAUGCUCAAGUGGCUUGCAGGCAACUGGGAUACAGUGGGGAAGGUGCCACUGCACAGUGCUGUGCUGCCUAUGGACAAGGAACUGGUACCAUAGUGUUGGAUGACCUAGCUUGUGCCGGAACUGAGACCUCCCUGUUUAGCUGUACUCACACUACCUCACACAACUGUGCCCACAGUGAAGAUGUUGGAAUCACCUGUCAAGUUGGGUGCACUCAAGGGUCUAUUCGAUUGGCAAACGGCCCCUCGGACAUGGAGGGUCGUGUGGAGGUGUGCAACAGUGGAAGUUGGGGCACUGUCUGUGACGAUAGCUUUGGUGCACCUGAUGCAAAUAUCGCUUGCAGGCAGCUCGGCUUUUCUAACACUGGUGCUACUUUCAGCUGUUGUGCUGCCUAUGGACAAGGAACUGGAGAUAUUAUUUUGGAUGACCUAGUUUGUACUGGAACCGAGACAUCCCUGUUUGAAUGUGGAAAUGCUGGUAUCGGCACUCACAACUGUGCUCAUAGUGAGGACAUUGGAAUUCUGUGCGAGGCAUUGGUUGGUGAGUGCAUCAAUGGAGAUAUUCGUCUUGUUGGCGGCACUACAAUGUAUGAGGGUCGUGUCGAGGUGUGCAACAACAAUGCCUGGGGCACAGUCUGUGAUGAUCUAUGGGACACAACAGAUGGAAGCGUGGUGUGUGCACAGCUUGGAUAUGGCACAGCUACCAGUGCUCCACAAAGGGCUGCAUUCGGACAAGGAACUGGGAGUAUCGUUCUUGACAACGUUGCCUGUACUGGCACUGAGACCAACUUGUUUGACUGUCCUAACAAUGGAAUCGGUAUCCAUAACUGUGCUCACUCUGAGGAUGCUGGAGUGGUUUGCUCAGGUCCAGCACCAGAUUGCACUGAUGGAGACGUAAGACUAGUGGGUGGAGGUACCAUCUUUGAGGGUCGUGUGGAGGUGUGCAAUAAUGGAGCAUGGGGCACUGUCUGUGAUGACCUCUGGGAUACCACUGAUGGAAAUGUAGUGUGUACACAACUUGGUUUUGGAACAGCCUCUUCUGCUCCGUGUUGUGCUGCCUAUGGACAGGGAACUGGUGACAUCUUGUUAGACAAUGUACAAUGCAGCGGAAGUGAGUCACGCCUUCUUGACUGUACUCAUAAUGGGCUGGCCAUCCAUAACUGUGCCCACAGCGAGGACGCUGGGGUUGUUUGCUCAGUUUGUACAAAUGGCGAUGUACGUCUGGUGGGUGGUAGCACUGACUAUGAGGGUCGAGUAGAGGUGUGCGAUCAGAAUGCCUGGGGCACAGUUUGUGAUGACCUCUGGGACACCACUGAUGGGAAUGUAGUGUGUGCACAACUUGGUUUCGGAAUGGCCACUGCUGCUCAGUGCUGCGCUAACUUUGGCCAGGGAACUGGAAGCAUCUUGCUCGACAAUGUGGGCUGUAUUGGUACUGAGAUGAGUAUUCUCGACUGUCCCAGUAAUGGAGUGGGCAUUCACAACUGUGCUCACUCUGAGGAUGCUGGAGUGACUUGUCAAGUCUGCUCUAGUGGAUCUAUUCGUUUGGUUGGUGGGACAGACCCUAUGCAAGGUCGUGUGGAACUGUGCUUCAACAAUGCCUGGGGCACUGUCUGUGAUGACUUGUGGGACAUCAAUGAUGGAAACGUUGCCUGUCGACAACUCGGCUACGGAAUGGCCACUCAAGCUCUCUCGAAUGCAUUCUUUGGACAAGGAACUGGACCUAUUGUUCUUGAUGAUCUCCAAUGUGUUGGCACCGAGGUUUCACUCUUUAACUGUGCUCAUAGUGGAGUGAACAUCAACAACUGUGUACAUGCUGAGGAUGCUGGAGUGAUCUGUGAAGAUGUUUGCACUGAUGGUGCAUUGAGACUCCAAGAUGGAGAGUAUAACAGUGGUCGUGUGGAGGUGUGUAAUGGUGGAGUAUGGGGCACUGUCUGUGAUGACUCCUGGGAUCUCACUGAUGCCACUGUUGCCUGUAGACAGCUCGACUUCCCAGCAGCCACUUCUUCUCAGUGUUGUGCUACCUAUGGACAAGGAACUGGCUCCAUCUUACUAGACAACCUGCUUUGUACUGGAAGUGAAACACGUCUCAUUGACUGUCCCCAUAACGGAUUGAACAUUCACAACUGUGCUCACUCUGAGGACGCAGGACUCCUCUGUGCACAUAAUGUUCGACUGGUUGGAGGCACAACUAUGUACGAGGGUAGAGUGGAAGUGUAUGCUAAUGGAGGCUGGGGUACUGUCUGUGAUGACUUCUGGGGUAUUGUGGAUGCCAAUGUUGUGUGCAAUCAACUUGGAUAUGGAAUAGCGACCAGUGCUUCAGGACAAGCUUUCUUUGGACAAGGAGUUGGAAAUAUUACCCUCGACAAUCUCCAGUGCACUGGCAAUGAGACUUCCCUCUUUGAUUGUCCCCACAAUGGAGUGAAUAUCCACAACUGUGCUCACUCUGAGGAUGCUGGAGCCGUCUGUACAACCCCAAUACAAUGCACUCAAGGAGACGUGAGACUGGUGGGAGGGACUAGUGAUCUAGAGGGUCGUGUGGAGGUGUGCAACAAUGGAGAGUGGGGUACUGUCUGUGAUGACUCCUGGGGCGUAGAAGAUGCGGCUGUAGUGUGCAGACAACUCGGAUAUGCUAGUGCAAGCAGUGCACCGUGCUGUGCUCAGUAUGGUCAAGGACUGGGAGACAUUGUACUGGAUGACCUCCAGUGUGUCGGGACAGAGUCGUCCAUCUUUGACUGCCCCCACAAUGGUAUCAAUUCACACAAUUGUGCCCACACUGAAGAUGCUGGAGCCGUGUGUAUUUUAUGUGUCCAAGGCGAUGUCCGUCUGGUGGGUGGUGCCACAGAGUUUGAAGGUCGUGUGGAGGUUUGUGUCGACAAUGCCUGGGGAACUGUCUGUGAUGACAGCUGGGACAUCACUGAUGGAAACAUAGUCUGCAGACAGCUAAGUUACGGAAUUGCCACCAGGGCUCCGAGGCUAGCUUUCUUUGGUCAAGGGACUGGAAAUAUUGUUCUUGAUGACCUGCAGUGUAUGGGUACAGAGUCCAGACUGAUUGACUGUCCUAACAGCGGCAUCAACGUUCAUAACUGUGUUCACGCUGAAGACGCUAGUGUCACAUGUGCAAGUGUGUGCCCACAAGGUGAUGUGAGACUGGUCGGUGGUACUGAUGAGUUUGAAGGUCGUGUGGAGAUCUGUAAUGACAACCAGUGGGGCACAGUCUGUGACGACCUCUGGGACAGUAAUGAUGCAAUGGUUGUGUGUAGACAGCUCGGAUAUACAGAGGGUACUGCUCUAUCACAAGCUUUCUUUGGACAAGGACUAGAUCCAAUUUGGCUGGACAAUGUUCAGUGUGUGGGCAAUGAACUGUACCUGAUUAAUUGCACCAACGAUGGUAUUGGCCUGCACAACUGUGGUCACACAGAAGACGCUGGUGUGAGAUGCGGGGGAGCUACAACACCUCCUCCUGUGUGCAGCCAAGGAGACAUUCGACUGGUGGGUGGAGCCGAUGAGAGGCAGGGACGCGUGGAAGUGUGCAACAGUAACACUUGGGGUACUGUUUGUGAUGAUGCAUUUGGAGCGGAAGACGCUAGAGUAGUCUGUAUGCAGCUGGGAUUUAACGGAGAUGGUGCCACUGCUCAGUGCUGUUCUGCCUAUGGGCAAGGAACUGGACAGAUUCUAUUGGACAACGUAGGCUGUCUUGGAACUGAGGUCUCCCUGUUUGACUGUCCCAACAAUGGAAUCGGUGUUCACAACUGCGUGCAUUUUGAGGAUGUCGGAGUUAGCUGUCCACGUCUAUGCAAUGAUGGUGAUUUGCGGCUAGUGAAUGGUGCAAAUGUCAGCAGAGAAGGUCGAGUGGAGAUUUGUAGCAAUGAAGUGUGGGGAACAGUUUGUGACGAUUUCUGGGAUGACACCGAUGCAUCGGUAGUCUGUUAUCAAUUGGGCUAUGGACGACAAGGUACUGCGUUUUCGUUUUCAUUCUUCGGCCAAGGUACUGGUCCCAUUCUGCUGGACAAUGUUGGCUGUACUGGCAGUGAGAACAGACUGAUUGAGUGCUCUCACAAUGGCGUGGGGCAACACAACUGUGUCCAUUUUGAAGAUGCUGGUGUGCAGUGUGGUGGCACUUGCACUGAUGGAUCUGUGCGACUGGUGGGCGGUUCCAAUGAGUACGAAGGUCGAGUGGAGCUCUGUUCAAGUGGCCUGUGGGGCACGGUCUGUGAUGACUUCUGGGGAGAUGCCGAUGCUUCUGUUGUGUGUGGGCAGCUGGGAUACACGCCUGUUGGUGCCAGAGGUAUUCAACAAGCUUUCUUCGGACAAGGAACAGGAGACAUUCUGCUUGAUGAUGUACAGUGUAUUGGAACUGAGGCUAGACUCACUGACUGUCCUGCCAUUACAACACAUAAUUGCAAUCAUUUUGAAGAUGCUAGUGCUGUCUGUUCCCCUGACGACCCUGCUGUCUGCUCAAGCUUGAUUCCACCAGCCAAUGGCUUCAUUACUUACUCCCCUGACAUCACUCCUCCAUUUAACUACCUCACCAUGGCAACAUACAGCUGUAACUCUGGCUACGCACUCUCCAAUGGGGACAAUGUAACCACUUGUAACAGCACUGGAGGGUGGAGUGGAACACCUCCAACGUGUCAAGCUGUCUCUUGUACUGAGCUGGGCUCCAUCAACAAUGGCAGCAUUGCUUACAGUCCUGACAUCGUUGCUCCGUUUGACUACGGAACUACUGCCACCUACUUUUGUAAUGAGGGACUAUACUUAGAGGGAGACCAAAGGAGAACCUGCCAGGGAGACGACUCCAGCCCUAUUGGCACUUGGAGUGGCAUGUCCCCAGUCUGUGCAGCUAUAAUGUGUCCCGCUCUGUUUCCCCCUGCCAAUGGGUACAUCUCUUAUACUGAGGAGUUCUCACCUUCAUUUGGUUUCAUGGAAAUGGCCGCCUACAGUUGCAAUGCUGGCUUUGGAUUGUCCAGUGGAAACCCUGUGAGAACCUGCUCUGGUGUUUCUGCCGGUAGCUCGGGAGAUUGGGACGGGAUCCCUCCAACUUGUGAAGCUGUCACCUGCCCUGCACUUUCUGCUAUCUCAAAUGGACAAAUUAUCUUCACAACUGACUCAUCCUCUCCUCAUAAUUUCGGUACUGUGGCCGCCUAUGUUUGUGACACUGGAUACGCUCUUCUUGGAGAUGAUGCUAGAAGCACUUGUGGAGGAGAUGGCUCCAGUCCUGGCGGAGUGUGGAGUGGAACACCCCCAAAUUGUGCAGCUUAUCUCUGUGACCCACUGGCCUCUGUUGCCAAUGGAGACAUAUCAUACAUUCCUGACACAACCAGCCCAUAUGCCUUUGGAACUAUUGCCCUGUACUCGUGUGGUACCGGGUACCUCCGUUCAGGAAGCCCUGUUCAAACCUGCCUCGGGCAAGGGUCAAAUACAACUGGUUUUUGGGAUAGUUCACCUCCUGCUUGCAUAGCUGUUCAAUGCUUGAGCCUCACCCCACCUUUGAAUGCUCUCAUCACUUACUCUUCUAAUCCACCUUACGAGUAUCUCACCACCGCCACCUACGAGUGCAACUCUGGUUUCGGACUGUUGGGCGGAGACAAGUUGAGGGCCUGCAUUGGUAGUGAUGAGUGGACUGGAGUAGCUCCUUCCUGUGCAGCAAUCACUUGUUCAACUCUCAAUGCUCCUGCUAACGGCCAGGUAUCCUAUUCCACCUUUACUUCCACUUACUUUGUUGGCACUGUGGCCAGCUAUUCUUGUGACACUGGCUAUGGACUGAAUGGUGGAGAUGUUAUGAGCACUUGCGAAGGAGAUGGCUCCAAUACUAAUGGAGUGUGGGAUGGAGUAGUUCCAACUUGUCAAUCAAUCACAUGUGCUGAGCUACCUGCCCCAGUCAAUGGAUUUGUAGCGUUCAACAUGGAUUUCCCCUAUGGCUUUGGCACUGUGGCUACUUACAGCUGCAACAUUGAUGGUGCCCUGAGCGGCGGAAAUACAGUAAGAAAUUGUAGCGGAGAUGGCACAAAUACUGUUGGAGUAUGGAGUGGAACAGCUUCAACUUGUCAGGCAAAUACCUGCUCAUCGCUUGAUUCCGUCACCAAUGGACUUAUAAUGUAUAGUCCGGGCAUGACCGAACCUUUUGAUAUUGGAACUACCGCCACUUACUCCUGCAACUCUGGAUUCACUCUCGGAGGAGUUUUAAACAGGACGUGUACAGCAGGUGGCGUUUGGAGUGGAGGAGACUCUGUGUGCACAGCUUCUGGCUGCCCAAAUGUGCUUCCUCCUACCAAUGGAAACAUUCGUGUGACCGGAGAUACAUCAACUCUGACUGUUACCUACUUCUGCAAUGAAGGCUACGGCCUUCUCGGUGGAGACACUGUUAGGACAUGUAGCAGUACUACUAACACUUACACUGGAACUGCUCCAACUUGUCAGGCUAUCACAUGCUCUUCUCUCUCUCUACCUGACAACGGAGCGAUUGUCUUCUCGCCUGCUACAUCCGAGCCUUAUCAGUUUGGGACCACUGCUACAUAUUCCUGCAACAAUAACUUUGGACUGAGCACAAACGAGAUACUGACUUGUGGAGGAGAUGGCUCCAGUCCAAAUGGAAUGUGGGUGGGAAUCGUUCCAACUUGUGUUGCCAUCACCUGUGUCUCUCUGGCUUUAAUUCCUAAUGGAAUGAUCACCUACGCUCCGGAUAUUAGCAGUCCGUACGACUUUGGAACCAAUGCCACCUACUCCUGUAAUGAUGGAUUUUUCCUUGAGGGAGAAGGAGUGAGGACGUGUGUUGGAGACGGCUCUAAUGUGAAUGGAGGCUGGAAUGGAAAUGUUCCACAGUGUACAGCCAUCAUGUGUCCAAGUUUGUUCCCUCCUCCAAACGGAGUGAUCACUUACUCUCCGGACAAUACUUUCCCAUAUGCUUAUCAGACCAUGGCAACAUACAGUUGUAUCCUUGGUUACGGUAUCUUUGGACAAACAACGAGAACGUGCGUUGAGUCAGCGCUCGGUGGAGGGGAAUGGAGUGAUGGAGCUGACCCUACAUGCCAAACUGUGACUUGUCCUGCUCUGCCAACGAUUAGUAACGGACAGAUCACUUACUCCAUGGACACAUCUGCACCCUACGAAUAUGGUACUGUGGCAACGUACGUGUGCGACACAAGCUAUGGAGUGAGCGGAGGAGAGGGUGUGCUGUUCUGCGGUGGAGAUGGCUCAGACACAGCUGGAUCCUGGGGUACCUCCAUACCCACUUGUGAAUCCAUCGUCUGCGCUGUCUUGAAUCCCCUAUUGAAUGGAAUGAUAACGUAUUUACCCACGGCAACCAACCCCCUCCCCUUUGGCAGUGCUGCUGAGUACGCCUGCAACGAUGGGUUCUAUCUGCAAGGCAACAACGUGAGGACUUGUGACGGCGAUGGAUCCAGUUCUGAUGGAGUAUGGAGUGACAUGAUACCAGUUUGUUCUGCAAUAUUGUGUCCGACACUUGUGCCACCGACCAAUGGAAUGAUCAGCUAUAACAUGGACAUGACCACUCCGUUUGAUUACCAAACCAUGGCAACGUACAGCUGUGCCUCUGGCUACACACUGAUUGGUGGUGAUAAUGUGAGGACUUGUGUUGGCUCCAGCGACAGUCGUGGAGAAUGGAGCGGAAUGUCCCCAAUUUGUGAAGUUACCACAUGUCCUGAGCUCAAUGUCGACAGUGGAGUCAUCGCCUACUCCGCUACUAUCUAUCUCCCCGGGACCACAGCAACCUACUCCUGUAGCACUGGCUUUGGGCCAAAUGGUGGCGAUGUGAUGAGAACAUGCGGAGGAAACAGAGUGUGGAGUGGAACACCUACUUCUUGUGACGUUAUUACUUGCUCUGCAUUGGGUAUUGCCAAUGGAAUGGUAACAUACAAUUCUGACCCAUUAACCUUCGGAACUAUUGCCACCUACUCCUGCAAUAAUGGUUACUUCCUAAGCGGAAUCACCACAAGGACGUGCAGUGGUGAUAGCUCUACAGUCACUGGCAGUUUCACUGGAGUUGAUCCUGUUUGCUCACUUGUGACAUGCCCUGCCCUACCCCCUGCUGUCAAUGGAGUCAUUGCCUACUCUACCGCCUCGUCUGCACCCUUUAUCCCGAAUACCAUGGCAAUAUACUCGUGCAACACUGGGUACGGACGCAACAGUGAUGAUGUCAUGAGAAUAUGUGGCAGUGAUGGAGUAUGGAGUGGAGCACCUCUAUCCUGUGGCCUUAUUACGUGUCUUGCUGUGACUAUUGCAAAUGGAUUCGUGAGUUACAGUCCUGACACAACUAGUCCAUUCAACUACGCAACUACUGCCACCUACACUUGCAAUGAUGGAUUCUUCCUGAGUGUUGAUGCAGCGAGAGUAUGCAUUGGAGAUGGCUCUUCCGUCACUGGGUCCUUCUCUGGAUCUGAUCCUGUCUGUACACCUUCCACCUGUACAAGCCUCACUCCUCCGACCAAUGGCAUCAUUUCCUACUCCCCGGACAACACUCCCCCAUUCGACUAUCAAACCACAGCCACCUACAGCUGUAACCCUGGUUAUGGCUUGUCUGGUGGAGAUUCUGUGAGGACUUGCACCUCAUCCAGUGUGGGGGCGGGAGAAUGGACUGAAACUGCUCCCAUCUGCAGAACUCCCGGACCACCCAUGAACCUUAACUACCAACUUGAUGAUGCCAGCUGCCGAACAAUCACCAUUACUUGGAGCCCACCAUUGCAAAUGGACCAAACUGGGACAAUCACAAUGUACCAGGUUGUUGUCACACAGCAUUCGACAAGGGAGCAAAUCACUCAGACAACAACAAAUGAUGGAACAAAUUCUAUUGUUUUCAACAACAAUCUGGAAUGUUGUCGAGACUACGACUUCACAGUGGCUGCCAGUAUUGGUAGUAGCAACGUUUUUGGAGAAGUUCAGACGCUCAGCCCAGGGUUCAGUACCCGACCUGAUCUCACAAAUCUUGCCACUGUAACUGUCAAUGUUGUGAGCGACACAACUCUGCGAGUAAGCUGGGUAGAGCCCUCAUCUCUCACCCACCUGCCCUCGGAUACUUACACUGUUACUGUGACACCAAACUGCAAAAAUGAUCAAACCGGACCAGUUGCACCUGCCCCUCAAACUGUAGCCUAUAAUGCUGGUCCUGUCACUGUCAACAGUCUUGAGCCUCAAGUGUCAUACAUUGUGCAAGUAGAUGCUAUAGUGUGUGCAGCUCCUGUGUUUGUCUACAACAUUACCCAAUCCACCACUCCAGGAGUUGGAAUUGGAAUUCCAAUCAUCACUUCUUCUGAGAAACGCGUUGAUGAUCCAUCAAGGGCCACUGUGACCUGGUCAGGAUCCAAUAAUGUGGCUGACAUAUUCGUCUACACCGGAGAAGACACCAUUACCGAUAAAAACCCUGCAAGAGUUGUUCCUGUGUCUGCUGGCCAAUCAACCGUUGAUAUCGAUGGACUAGAGAUUUGCACAGUCUACCAAAUAGUGGCCAGAGCCGCCACAUGUGCUGAGGAGGCGUCUAGUGACCCACACACCAUCGACCUAGUUGAUGUCACUAUCUUUGACUUCAUUGUAGACCUAAAUGGCGCUAGCACCUGCAACGAUUAUAUAGACAAGGACACCGGCGAAACUGUUACAAAUAUUGAACGCUCUAUGCAAGAGGCCCUUCUCUCCACCGACUGUGGAUCCUUUAGUGUGAGCUGUUUUGCAAGCAGUGCUCUGGAAUGCUCCCGGGACAACCCCACUGUUGUCUACUUCAGCUCAAGUCUUGUUGGCCAUGGGCCUGGUAGGAGUAGCACCAACCAAGCAAAGUGCCUAGAUAGCUGGCUGAAUAAAAAUCCUCAAGUCAAUCUUGGAGCAGUAAUUGCUGGUUUGUCUCCUGUGACCCCAGCUACUACUGAUAGUAGCUUCCCUCCUUGGGCCAUUGCCAUUGUUGUGGUCCUAUUGGGCUUAUUUCUACUGAUUGUGAUCAUCGUAGCAGCUGUAAUCUUUUAUCGUUUCACACGCUCCAGAAAGUUUGACUUAAUGAGUAACUCGACUUCGAUAAACUAUAACCCUGAAGAUGAUGCAAUUGGAAUUGUGCAGAACCCUCUCUUCUUGGAAACAGACCCACCAGUGGAUUCGCCGGCAGCCAAGACUAAAGCGUCGGAGGCUCUUGGUGAGGAAAUGAAGGAGGAUUUAGCUGUAGCUGUCAACCUUCCAGAUGACAUUUAACUUAAACUUUUAUUUAUUUAACUUAGACUUUUUUAUUCCACUUAUCUUGCACAGGACAAGGUAGAUAGAUAUUUCUAGCUACGUACUAUAGUCAAAGGAAUUAUGAUUUUACAUGUAGCCUGUAAUGUAAUUGUGAUAAGUAAUGUUGUGACAAAGGCUG